AUGACCUUCAGUUCAUACUUAUGUUCUCCUUACGGAUCAUUGAGUCAAUUUGUUUCAAUCUGUUCGACUCGACUCACCAGGGGGAGCGCAAUGCAUUUCCUGUCCACACUCUACCGAAGUGCGCAUCAGAUCGCCCCUCUCUCUCUCUCUCUCUCUCUCUCUCUCGCUACCAACUUUUCAAAUACUAUUGUAACAGUACACCCGACGUCUUAUACGCCUGUUUUUCCUUUAAUGAUUCACUUUGUCUGUAGAGGAGAUAUGGAAAUGAACUAAUUUAACUGUCCAGUGCGCGCUCGCACCUUUGUGCGUUACCCAGUCAAGAAAGGGUAUCGAUCGAUAAAAACGGGAGACAAGCAUACACAAUGAGGACAUCAAUGCUUUUCGUCUUAAUCUUAAUGAUGUGGCAGUGUGAUUGUCUGCGUUUUGUAUGUCCGGAGAUGUGCCGGUGCGCCAUCAAGACCAUCAGCUGCAACAGCGCGACUGAAGCCACGGCACAGAAACAGCGCGGCGCAUUCGGCAGACUUGUUCUGAACUAUUUCCACUUAAGGACAAUUCCCAGUUUCAGCUUCGAUGGACUGCGAGGUGUCAAAAGAAUAGAAAUUGCUCAAAGUGUCACACUCGAAACCAUAGAGACCCAGGCCUUCAACAACCUUCUCAACCUCUCAGAAAUAUCAAUCCAAAACACACGGAGCCUGGUCCAUAUCCACCAGCGGGCCUUCAACAAUCUACCCAAGCUGAGAUACCUAAGCAUCUCCAACACCGGGAUAGUUGUGUUUCCCGACUUGACAGCCAUCGGAUCUCUUGAAGCCAAUUUCAUACUAGAUAUCUGUGACAACCUACACUUGCAGUCAAUCCCACCAAAUGCCUUCAUUGGAAUGACAGCUGAAGACAUAACAAUGAAUCUGUAUAACAAUGGCUUCAGGGAAAUACACAAACAUGCCUUCAAUGGCACAAAAAUAGAUAAACUAACCUUAAAGAACAACCGAAAGCUGCAAAUAAUCCACAGGGACGCUUUUAUGGGAGCUUUGGGCCCAUCUGUAUUAGAUGUUUCCUCCACUGCUCUGGAGACAUUGCCGUCUCAUGGCCUGCAGUCUGUGCUGAUGCUGGUGGCUCGCUCAGCGUUUUUGCUAAAGAGAUUGCCGCCUCUAAACAGUUUGGAGAGCUUAAGAGAGGCUCGUCUCACCUACCCGAGCCACUGCUGUGCUCUACUCACCUGGGACACUCACAGGGAGUCUCCAUCUUCAGCACAGAGGAAUGGAUCUUCAUAUUGUGAACACCAUAGUCCGUUAGAUAAGGGCUCUGGAAAAGAGGUUUUCUAUUCUGACAUGCUGGAUCCACUAUCUGAAGCCAGCUUUGGCAAUGUGGACUUUGAGUACCUGGACUUCUGUCAAAUCAGACCAGCCCUCCAGUGCAGCCCUGAGGCAGAUGCCUUCAACCCCUGUGAGGAUAUUGCUGGGUUUGGGUUCCUCCGUGUGGCUAUCUGGUUCAUCAACAUCCUGGCUAUUGCUGGCAACCUGACUGUGCUUCUUGUGUUAUUCGCCAGCCGCUGCAAACUCACUGUGCCACGCUUCCUCAUGUGUCACCUGGCCUUCGCCGACUUCUGCAUUGGUGUUUACCUUCUCAUGAUUGCCAUUGUGGACCUGAGGACACGCGGCCAUUAUAGCCAGCAUGCCAUUGAAUGGCAGACAGGAGUGGGCUGCAACAUUGCAGGCUUUCUAUCUGUCUUUGGUGGAGAACUGUCCAUCUACACACUGUCUACGAUCACCAUAGAACGUUGGUAUACCAUCACCCAUGCCAUGCAGCUAGAGCGUCGACUUGCUCUGCCCCAAGCUGCUGUAAUAAUGGUUGCUGGCUGGCUGCUAUGCCUGGGCAUGGCACUACUUCCACUCGUGGGCAUAAGUAGUUACAGCAAGGUCAGCAUGUGUCUGCCCAUGGACAUUGAAACACCUCUGGCCCAGGCUUAUGUCAUUCUUCUGCUGCUUUUCAAUGUGGGGGCUUUUGUGGUGAUUUGUGGUUGUUAUGUGCGGAUCUACGUGAUUGUGCGGCACCCUGAAGUGCCUGGCCGUGCUGCUGAUGCCAAAAUCGCCAAGCGCAUGGCCGUGCUCAUCUUCACCGACUUUCUUUGCAUGGCGCCAAUCUCUUUCUUUGCCAUCUCAGCUGCCUUUAAGGUGCCUCUCAUCACAGUCACCAACUCCAAGAUCCUGCUGGUGCUGUUCUAUCCUAUCAACUCCUGUGCCAACCCUUUCCUCUAUGCCAUCUUCACCAAGGCCUUCAGGAAAGAUUCAUUCAUUCUGCUAAGCUCCAUGGGCUGCUGCGAGAGCAAAGCCAACAUGUACCGUAUGAAGACCUACUGCUCAGAGAACACUGCAAAAAUGAUGAGUUCCUCAGUCGGCAAGAGCCUUCAUACUGCCAAGUGGUUGUCCACCUAUCCUCAACAAAAGUGCCAGCUGCAGAUAGAGGGGUUACAGAAAGACAGCUGUGGAGAACAUCUCACAUAACACAUUCCGACUGCUUGUCUAAGAGUUCUCAUCUUUUUUCAUCACUGUGCAAUGUUGUAUGGUGUAUUAUGUUAACCGUGUCCCUUCAGAUUAUUUUAAAAUUUGAUUCUGACUCAGGUAGGAGAAGGGCUCUUUCAGAGGGAAUUUGUCAAUGUUAUUUUAUCUCACAUAAAGAGGUUUUUCUGAAAUAUAAUGUUUUGUCCCAUGAGAAACAGGUUUGUGAUUCUGAGUUUAUUCAUACCCUUGACAGAGGAGUAGACAAUACGGGCUGAUAGACUUGGACACCCUGGAUUGGGGCUAUAGGGUAAAGAAAAAUGAAGAAACUGAUUGUCCUCAUAUGUCACAUCACAAUUCGUCCUUUCCAUCCAUUUGACACUUUUUACCUGUGAAGUGACAGGUAAUCACUGCCUAGUUCUCAGCCAUAAGUAGGAACAUCACAGACUGGACUCAGAGCACCCUGAAUAGGUCCUUUCCCUUCAUCCUUAAUCCAGUAUGUCUUUUAUAAGUUUGUAAUUGUUAUUUUUGUCAAACAAAUUAGGUUUUGUAUCAUUUUGAUUGUUUUUACUGUGAUGUUGUCUACAUCUCAAGGAUCUUGUCGUAUUUCUGAGAGGUCAGCAUAGCCUACAUCGGUCAUCACAGAGGUCAGAGGGCAAUGACUGUGUGUUCUGCCUCUAACCUUGUUUUAUGAACAUAAUAUAACACGUCAGACAGCCUUACUAUUCAAACACGGUGAGUGUAUGUUUAAUAGUGUGCACGGUGGCUUAGUCAUUAGCAUGUUCGUCUCACACCUCCAGGGUUGGGGGUUCGAUUUCCGCGAUGGCCCUGUGUGUGCGGAGUUUGCACGUUCUCCCCGUGCUGCGGGGUUACUCCGGUUUCCUCCCCCAGUCUAAAGACAUGCAUGGUAGGCUGACUGGCAUGCCCAAAGUGUCCAAAUGUGUAUCUGAGUGUGCCCUGCAAUGGACUGGCACCCCGUCCAGGGUGUACCCCAUGCUCCUUGGGACAGGCUCCAGGUUCCCCGUGACCCAGUAGGAUAAGCAGUAUAGAAAAUCGAUGGAUGUAAGGAGGGAUGGAUGGAUGUGGACAAUAAAUAAACUCCAGAUUUUGUAAAGUACAAUUCAGUUCAGUACUUCAGUCUGUACUCUGGCCAGCAACCAAAACACAGGCCGAGCUGAUCCAUCUGGUAAUCUCUUAAGUUAUUUUUCACUUUUUUUAUUGCUUGUCUAAAAUGAUAAAUGAACCUUUGAGAUUUCCUUGCCUUGCUGUUGUGUUAUUUUCUUAAAAAUAACUUGUUCAUAAAGUAGCAUUAGUAGCACUUACCAGGUGGCAAGAAAGGUCUACCAGCUUGACCAUCUCAGCCUUGGUUUCUUGGUAGCUGGUCAGACUAAGCUGGAUUCGGUUGCAAUAAGUAAGUAAACUUUACUAUUUUUUACAAUGUCACAUAUAUGUACUUAUAUAUGUACAUUUUGCAGUAUUUUAGUUGAGCAACUUAUAAUUAAAUCAGUUAAAUAAAAUUUACAGUUAACAAUUUACGACUUAACACAGGUGCUGUUUUGACUAACAAACAAAAUUCUGAGAUGUAGUCAUAUAGUCUGAUCCAAUUCACUUUCUCUCAGAUAUUUUCCUCUUGCCAUCUUGUUUCAAAAUCAAGGUCAGUUUGGCCUGGUCAGUAUUUUGAUAGUAAUGUUAGAUGUUUUACUCAGCAUAUUCAGAUCGACAUAUUUGCUCAACAUAUUCCUUUUCGCUCCUGACUUUUCAGACACUUUGUAUAAUUAACAACAUUCGCCUGAAAAUACAUACAUCAUAGUAAAAUAGUUUCUAUUUGACAUUAACCAAAAGGAUAAUAGGUUACAACAGACAAAGUAAAAGAAAAAUCAUUAUGCAGUUGUUGACUAGCUGUUGCUCCUAACAGUCUGAUCACAUCCAUAUAUUUUCAGAUAUUUUCCUCUUGUCGUCUUGUUCCAAAAUCAAGGUCAGCUUGGCCUGCUCACUAUUUUAAAACAUUGCAUAGUAAAAGAUUAUUGCUUGAUUAUAUCAUGCAGGACACUGCUCUGGUUGCACUUUGGUUUCUCCACUGAGUUGCAUUUUUCAUUAUGGGUUUUUUUUUUUUCUGUGAUUGGAAUUAGCAACCAAACCCCCCUGCUGAAGAAAAAGUAAAUAAUAGAUACCCCCAUCGAAUUUGUAAUGGUUUUAAUGGUUAUAAUUUCAACUGUAUUAGUUUUAAUGGAAACUGUAAUGGUCCCUGUGGGUCUCUACUGGUCAUUUGUUACCUUGUCAUGUUACCUUGUCUAGUAGAUACCAUUAAGGACCAAUCAUGGUAAUGGUCAGGGUUUUAAUGGUAGCUGAUUGUUUGUAAUGGUAUUUAUAGUGGAAACUAUUAGAAUUUCCAUGAUGGUUUCUAUUGCUUUUUUUUUUUCUUUCAGCAGGGCCAUAUGGGAAUUAAAGUUUAACAAUGAACAGGCAAGGAAAUUUACUAGGUCUUUUAUUAUUAUUAUUAUUAUUAUUAUUAUUAUUAUUAUUAUUAUUAUUAUUAUUAUUAUCUCAGAGUCACAACCACUGUGUCACUAAGUUUGCUACAUGAGUUUUUAAAUAUUUUAAUAUAUAGAAGAUGUCUUGUUCGUUUAAACUUUAUUAGUGUGUUGUAGACGUCAUUAUUGUUAAAUACAACACGGUGCAUUCUUAACUGUAGAUUUCCCAUU